AUGGCUCUUGUCCUCUUCCAUCUGCAGUUAAUCGCGAUCAUAUCCGUCCUUAUUACUACGGCGUUCCCAUACCCAGCUUACUCCGAGGCUAAUGCCACGCUCACCUACUGCUCCGGCGAUCCGCCCUACAAACCCACCUCCCCUGUCCUGAGCCCUACCCAGUUCACGGACUUCCUCUACGGCGUGGCCACCGCCGCUCCUACCACCGCCGACAGGUCCUCCAGCUCCCAGCUCCCCGCCGGCGACCAGACCAUCUACGCCGUCGCCCAGUGCCGCUUCGACGCCUCCCCCUCCGACUGCUCCGCCUGCCUCAACUCCUCCCUCGACUCCAUCGGCAGCAGCUGCGCCGCCUCCGCCGUCCGCUACGACCUCUGCCUCCUCCGCUACGACGUCCACGACCUCUCCCUCUUCGACGAGAACGAGUACACCGCCGCCGUCUUCAACGCCACCCGCGCCGCCGCGAAGCCCGCCGAGUUCGAGAGGGACGUGUCGGCCCUGCUGUCCGCCGUCGUCAACGACAGCGCCGCGGCGGGGUCGCGGCUGUGGACGGGCGUCAUGACGAAUAGCUCCGCCGGCCGGAGCGUGUACGAGAUGGCGCAGUGCAUCCCGGAGCUGUCCGGCGCCGACUGCGCCAGGUGCCUGCGGGGGGCGCUCGGCCGGCUGACGGCGGACUACAACGGCAGCGCCGGCAUGCAGGUGCUGAGGCUCAGCUGCGCCGUCAGGUACGACACCUACCCCUUCUUCGACCCCUCCCUCCCGCUGCCCAGGACUCUGCUCAACGGCUCGGCCGCCAACAGCCUGUCAGCACCUCCGCCGAUCGUCGCUCCGUCUGGUCAGUCUGUGCUGCUCUUCUCCCCACCAUCCUUUGUCAGUCUGGCGAUUUUAGAUAAAAUUCUCCCGAAGUACUACUGGAUAGGUGCAAAUUCCAUAUAUAGAUGGAAAUGUUAG